AUGCGCCCGUGUAGCUCGCGCCCCCGUCCCCUCCCCGUCGCGGCCCCGUCCCCUCCCCGUCGCCUCCCCGUCCCCUUUCCGUCGCCUCCCCGUCCCCCCCUUCCCGUCGUCUCUGCGUCGCCUCCCGUCGCCUCUCCGUCCCCCCUUCCCGUCGUCUCCGCGUCGCCUCCUGUCGCCUCCCCGUCCCCCCCCUUUCCGUCGCCUCUCGUUGCUUCCCCGUCCCCCCCUUCCCAUCGCCUCCGCGUCGGCCCCUCGUCGCCUCCCCGUCACCCCCUUCCCGUCGCCUCCGCGUCGCCUCCCGUCGCCUCCCCGUCCCCCUUUCCGUCGCCUCCGCGUCGCCUCUCGUUGCUUCCCCGUCCCCCCCUUUCCGUCGCCUCCGCGUCGCCCCCCCCCCCUCAUCGCCUCCCCGUCCCCCCCCUUCCCGUCGCCUCCCGUCGCCUCCCCGCCCCCCUUUCCGUCGCCUCCGCGUCGCCUCUCGUCGCCUCCCCGUCCUCCCCCCUUCCCGUCGCCUCCGUGUCGCCUCCCGUCGCCUCCCCGUCCCCCCUUUCAGUCGCCUCCCAUCGCCUCCGCGUCCCACCCCCCUUCCCCGUCGACUCCCAGUCACCUCCCGCCGCCCUCCAACCCAUACGGACUGCUGUCCACCCUUAG